UGCAGUCUUUUGCUUUUCCUCUCACAGACCCACGCAAUCUUACAGAAGAUUCGACCGUUAAGGUUCCUGUUCAAGUUCAAGCUCAAGCUCACCGGCCUUAACGCCCUCUAGGGUUUUCUCAGAGUAAAGGGUCUUUCACGCUAACCCAAAAACAAUUUAGGGUUUUUGAGUCCUUGAACCCAUCUAGGGUUUAUCUUGUUCCAAAGGCGUGAUUUUGCAAACCCUUUUGAAUUUUAGUAUCGGAAACAAAAAUUGAAGAUGAUUGCAGAGAAACCCAGUUGGGUUGCACAUGAGGGUAUGCAGAUUUUCUCCAUUGAUAUUCAACCUGGUGGGCUUAGGUUUGCCACAGGUGGUGGUGAUCAGAAGGUACGGAUAUGGAACAUGAAAUCUGUUGGCCGGGAUUUGGAAACUAAUGAAUCAACAUCAAAACUUCUUGCAACACUUCGUGAUCAUUUCGGGUCUGUUAACUGCGUGAGGUGGGCUAAGCAUAGUCGGUAUGUUGCCUCAGGGUCUGACGACCAGGCGAUUCUAAUUCAUGAGAGGAAACCUGGUUCAGGAACCACUGAAUUUGGUAGCGGAGAGCCACCGGAUAUUGAGAAUUGGAAAGUUGCCAUGACUUUGAGAGGACACACUGCGGAUGUGGUGGAUCUUAAUUGGUCUCCAGAUGACUCAACAUUAGCUAGUGGAAGUCUUGACAAUACUGUCCAUAUCUGGAAUAUAAGCAGUGGCAUAUGCGUUGCUGUUCUCAGAGGUCAUUCUAGUCUGGUUAAGGGGGUUACUUGGGAUCCCAUUGGUUCCUUCAUAGCAAGUCAAUCCGAUGAUAAGACUGUGAUAAUUUGGCGAACAAGUGACUGGAGCCUCGCUCACAGGACUGAUGGUCACUGGACAAAAUCACUUGGUUCUACGUUCUUUAGGAGGCUUGGAUGGUCACCUUGUGGCCAUUUUGUAACUACCACUCAUGGUUUCCAGAAGCCAAGGCACUCUGCACCUGUACUAGAGAGAGGGGAAUGGUCUGCAACUUUCGACUUCUUAGGACAUAAUGCCCCUGUUAUUGUGGUGAAAUUCAAUCACUCAAUGUUCACAAGGAGUUUAUCUAAUGCUCAGGAAGUAAAAGCUGCACCUGUUGGUUGGACUAAUGGAACUUCUAAGACUGAAGAGAAUGAACCAUUGCCAUAUAAUGUGAUUGCAAUAGGGAGUCAGGACCGGACUAUAACUGUAUGGACAACUGCGAGUCCUCGACCUCUCUUUGUGGCCAAGCAUUUCUUUACUCAAAGUGUGGUGGAUUUAUCCUGGAGCCCUGAUGGGUACUCACUACUUGCUUGUUCCUUGGAUGGGACAGUGGCUACUUUCCAUUUUGAGGAGAAAGAACUUGGCCAGAGGCUAACUGAUGCUGAAUUGGAAGAGCUGAAGAAAAGUCGUUAUGGUGAUGUCGGAGGCCGACAAGCAAACUUAGCCGAAAGCCCGGCACAGUUGUUGCUUGAAGCAGCCUCAGCUAAACAAACCAAGAGCAAAAAGGUGACCCCAAAUGUCUCACAGAACCAGACAACCAUAUUAUCUUCCGCUCAUUUGGAGGUUUCCGUAAAAGCUUCUGAAUCUCAAGUCGAUGAUGGGAAGAAGAGUUCGGGAGCUAGUGUUGAUGCGUUAAAUAAGGCGGCGGCAACUACUGCUCGGAUUUCUAGUCCUGUGAAGCAAAGAGAAUAUAGGCGUCCCGAUGGAAGAAAAAGGAUAAUUCCUGAGGCAGUUGGAGUGCCUGUUCAGCUGGAAAACAUCUCUGGUGAUUUGCAACCUCAAGUGCUUGACUUCCCUCUGAACUCAUCGGAUCACAGAAAGGAAGAUAAUGGGAUGGUUGGGAUUAGAGAAGGCUGUAUCAGGAGAACAGUAGGUGGAAGCUCGGACAUAAAAGAGCGUUCAGGUGUCACUGCUAGAGCUACCAUCAGUGAGAGUCUAGUAAUUGAAAAGGUUCCAGCCUCUGCAGAUAGGGAUGGAAGCAUCAGUGUUGAACAGACAGGAAUUGUGAUGGCUUGUGGUUCUUCGGCUGCUUCUAGUACUCUUUCAAUUAGGAUUUUUGACAAGACAGAAGGGGACGAUACCGUACCAGUUUGCUUGGAAGCUCGUCCUCGAGAACAUGCUGCAACUGACAUUGUUGGAGUCGGAAAUACAUUUGCGAUGAAAGAAACAGAAAUUGCUUGUACAAGAGGGGCUCAAACUCUUUGGUCUGAUAGGAUCUCUGGGAAAAUCACAGUUUUGGCUGGAAAUGCCAAUUUUUGGGCUGUUGGGUGUGAAGAUGGAUGCCUACAGGUAUACACAAAAUGUGGGAGACGUGCCAUGCCUACUAUGAUGAUGGGAUCUUCAGCAGUAUUCAUCGAUUGUGAUGAGUGUUGGAAGUUGCUGCUUGUCACGACUAAGGGAGCUUUAUAUGUAUGGGAUCUGUUCAACAGGAAAUGCCUUCUCCAUGAUUCAUUGGCUUCACUGGUUCCUUCAGAUCCAAAGUCAACUGCUAAAGAUUCAGGCACAAUCAAGAUCAUAUCUGCAAAGUUAUCGAAAUCUGGUUUUCCUCUUGUUGUUCUAGCCACACGCCAUGCCUUCCUCUUUGAUAUGAACCUCAUGUGUUGGCUGAGGGUUGCCGAUGAUUGCUUCCCCGCAUCAAAUUUCGCAAGCUCAUGGAAUUUGGGUUCAAUUCAGAAUGGCGAGCUAUCUCCCUUGCAAGUGGAUGUUGGGAAGUUCUUGGCUAGAAAGCCAGGUUGGAGCAGGGUAACUGAUGAUGGGGUGCAGACACGUGCUCAUUUGGAAACUCAACUUGCAUCCACGCUAGCGUUGAAGUCCCCUAGUGAAUAUCGUCAGUGCCUUCUGUCCUACAUACGAUUUCUAGCAAGAGAAGCAGAUGAGUCACGUUUACGAGAAGUUUGUGAGAGCUUUCUUGGACCUCCAACUGGGAUGGCUGAAGCUGCUUCUGUGGAUCCUAAGAACCCGGUGUGGGAUCCUUGUGUGCUGGGAAUGAAGAAGCACAGACUCCUAAGGGAAGAUAUUCUUCCGGCAAUGGCAUCAAACAGAAAAGUUCAGCGUCUGCUUAAUGAGUUUACGGAUCUCCUAUCUGAAUAUGAAAUACCCGAAAUGAAUCCAGACCAAAAUAAUUCCGCUCCUCCAACAUCUACUCUGCCAGCGACAGACAAUAUGGACAACAACCUUGCCCCUUCAGCAACCGAUCAAAUUGCUUCUACCCUACCACCACCUGCAGAUCAAACGGUUUCUUUCCUACUGCCAACUGAGAAAAAUGAGUGUGCCCCAACAUCAACGGAUCAAAUGGACUCUGUAGCACCGGCAACAAAUGAAAUGCCCACAGAAAAUGAAGUAAAUUUGGAUCCACCAGCUUCAGAUCAAGUACCUCCAGCCCAACAUAAAAAAGCAUCAGCUUCCUGAGCUUGGUUUCUUCUUUCAAUAGAGGCAAUGCUGUAGGGAUUGAGAACUUAUUGCAGCUUCUUCUUACAUUAGAGGCAACUUUGGAGACACAGAAAACCGAUGGCAACAUGCUGAUUUGAAGGAGUUUCCAGUGUAUGUAACAAAAUUUCUUACUUCUUGAAACAGAAGCAAAUUGUGAUUUCUUUUUUUUAAUUUUUAUUUUCUUUUUUACAAUUUUGAGGAUGCUGUUGUUCCCUAUUGCCAUGUUGAAGCUAAUUUUGUCAAUUGGGGAUAGUAUAAAUUAGUUAGCCCUAAUCUUAUCUCCUAAUUUUAUUGCGUUUUGAAAAUGAAGAUUUUAUGAUUAUUGAAUCGAA